ACUCUUUGACUUCAGUAUUUGGCCAUUCGUAUUUGCUAUUUCCAAGGAACUUAUUUUUUAGAUCCUUAGUUGUUUGUCUUUGACAACAGAUUGUCUUUAUCGCUCUCCAUAGGGUGUGAAAAAGAAAGACUGUAUUCAUAGAAAUGCCGGCAUCAGAUUAUACAACAUGAUCUUGUUAACCUUUGCGUUGCCGUCAUUAUGCAAGAAUUUAUAACAAAAACUGUCAUGUCCUCAAGUCGCGAUCGCGAGUGAUGGAUGUGUUUUGUGGCAGCCAGUGAAUAUUGUUCAAAAUGGCUGAGACAGAAACAGAUAAUAACAGUAUUAUAAGAUCCGAAAGAAAUAAUAAAGAAACAGUGCCUGGCAAUGGGCCACGGCGUGUAACUAUAUAUAAAACUGAGACUGGUUUCGGCUUCAACGUCCGUGGUCAGGUGUCAGAGGGAGGGCAGUUGAGAUCGAUCAACGGGGAGUUGUAUGCUCCUCUUCAGCAUGUAAGCGCAGUGCUGGAGCAAGGAGCUGCAGAGCAGGCUGGAAUCAGGAAGGGAGACAGGAUACUUGAAGUAAAUGGCGUGAACGUAGAAGGAUCCACCCAUAGGCAGGUGGUUGACCUCAUCAAGUCGGGCGGGGACUGCCUCACUCUCACCGUCAUAUCUGUCACACCGAGAGAAGCCGAACGCCUAGAACCAUGCGACGACGGCUCAGCCCCAGUGGGCGUGAUCGGAGGAGCGGCCAACUCCCGAGCCACAGUGUACCAACGUUACGACUACACUGACAAGCGGUCUCUGCCCGUGUCCAUUCCGGACUACCGCGUGGUGAUGGAGCGGAGUACAGGCCGCUCGUAUGUGGCGUUCAACGUCCACAUGGCCGGCAGGCACCUGUGCAGCAGGCGGUAUAGGGAGUUCGCUGCACUACACCAGCAACUUAGGAAGGAAUUCUUAGGUUUCAAUUUCCCCAAAUUGCCGGGGAAAUGGCCGUUCACCCUGAGCGAACAACAACUGGACGCCAGGAGACGAGGACUCGAACAGUAUUUAGAGAAAGUUUGCGCCGUCCGCGUGAUAGCGGAAUCCGAUGCCGUACAAGAGUUCCUCACCGACUCCGAUGACUCGUCCAACCCUUCACCGGUCGAAUUGAAAGUUCUCCUACCAGACAAGCAAGCAAUCGCCGUGUCAGUCUUACGGUCUACCAACGCUGACGAUGUGUAUAGAGCCGUCUGCGAUAAAAUCGGACUGUCCAAAGCUGUUCAGAAGUAUUUCUACCUGUUUGAGAUCGUGGAAUACAACUUUGAACGCAAGCUGCAGCCGAACGAAUGCCCUCACUCCCUCUACAUCCAGAACUACUCCACGGCUUCCAGCAGCUGCCUCGCCGUCCGCAAGUGGCUGUUCAGCCCCCAGGCGGAGCUGAGGCUCAUCAAUAAAGACCAGAAGGCGAGGGAAUUCAUCUUCUGGCAGGCCGUGGAGGAGGUGAACCGUGGCGUGUGCAGCGCCGGCGCUCGCCUCUACCAACUGAAGGCGCUGCAGAGCGAGACCCGCGCCGCGGAGUAUCUCGGUCUCGCUCGCACGCUGCCCGGCUACGGGCACGUCGCCUUCCCGCCCGCCCGCACCGACUGCAGCGCCACGCCCGCGCUGCACCUGACCGUGGGUUGGACCGGCCUCACCCUAUCCGCGUGGUCGGAAGAGUCCGGCACGGGCCCCGGGGUGGAGGUCCCCUGGGAGAACGUUCAAGAAUGGCGCACUGAUGACGACGCCGCUGCCAUGAGACUCGUGACCACACACCCGCCCCGACCUCCCCGCGCCCUAGCUCUCUAUACGCCAUACUAUCAAUUCCUCUGCAACUGCAUGGACAGAAUAGCGGAGGAGGCUAAUUGGGUCGACACAGGCGAAUAAAAUUGCACUCCACUGCUUAGGAAGUAAGACUCAAAAUGUAUUACGAUGUCUCAAAGCGCCGCCAUUUUAUAUAUGUUGUUGUCACUAUUACGUUUAACACAUUUAUUGAUAAAUGCUUACAAUAACUGUAACUGUUGCCUUUUUUUUUAUUUUUAACUUAUGUAUUCUUCAUCGGAAUAACUGAUUUCUAUAAAUACACUGCCAAUUCUUCAUUACUUUAUUUAAAUUACAGAAAUUCUGAAUAUGAAAUUUUCACCUAAGACAACUUUUAUAUAAAAUGGCGUCGGAACAAUCUACUAUUAAUGUUUUUAUAUUUAUCCGGAUUGGUUACAUUGCUGUUUAUGUAUAUAUAAGUUUUCUAACGUGAUGCUGUCUAUGUUCUGUGUUGUCAAUUAUGAGCCUUAAUUCAGAUUUGGUUCACAGAGACAACAUUGAAUCUGAUUUAGUCUUUGAAUAAUACUGUGUUUUGACUUCAUUUAAAUUUGAGUCUUGAUACAACAUUAAUAAAGUUUAUUAUUGCAAUAUGCAGUCGUUAUUCUAAGCUAAAUCAGAUCAGCCCUUUGCUUUUAAGACUCUUUAUGAAUAGAUAAGUUAUUAUUAUGUACUUACAUAAAUUAGUAAAUUUCCUAUAUUCGUUUUGAUUUAUACAUACUGUACACAAUAUGAUAUCGAAUCUUAUUAUAUUAUACUGUGCACAUUCCAUACUAGCUUAAACUACGAAUAGAUAUAUUGGAAUGUUCACAGUAUUAUCUACAUAAUUCUAAAUAUAAUUAAAAAAUUGCAUCUCAUAAUAAUGUUUAUCUAGAUUAAUGAUAAAUCAAUUAUUCUAUAAUGUUUAAAAGAAACUUAUAGUUAGGUAUUCCUUAUCGAAUAACCGCCUUUAUAUUCUUACAAUAUACCUAACUAUUAAUUGUUUACGCAAAUCCUGAAAAAUAUAGUGCUCUUUCUUAUAAAAUAAUUAUUGUCAGUUAUUUCGAGUUGAUGUGCUUAGUAUUAUCAUUGUCAUUAUUUAAAUAUUUAUUUCCUUUGUAGAUUAGUAUUCCAAAAAAAAAUUUUUUUUAGGAAUACGUCAAAAUAUUCGUUAAUUUUUUUAAGCAAAAACUAAUAAAUGAUAGUUAUAAAUUUGGAUUGAAGUAGAAAGUAGUGGAUUUUAUUAUCUGUUGUUAGCUGGAAAUUAUUGCAUUUUCUCACUGGCAAUAGUUUUUGUAGUAUGUUUGAGUAGUUACACGAUUAUAAUGUCUAAAUGAACUGGUGUAGAACUUAAUUAAUAAAAUGAUUAAAAUAAAUAAGAAAUCAUUUAACUAUUUUUUUGUUGAAAUUAAUAUAAAAUUAACAACUAUAAAAAAUCUGCGGCGAAUCAUGUCGUUCGCGGAUUGAAAUAAAAUUAUUGGAAAUUAAUAAAUUUAAGGCAAAAAAGUUGUAAGACUGUAAAAUUUGUGCGAGGAAUCAGCCAUCAAAGAGCGAGCAGAGUAAAGUGUGCCAUUGUACGUUUAUAUGAUAGUUUUCGACAUGUUACAUUCAAGUCUAUUUCUUUUUACAAAUCCGUCUUUCAUUAAUUAGUUUAUAACUAAGAACUAAUAGAAAAUGUUUUUGGUUCUUUGAAAUCAGACGUUAAAUAUUGACAUAUUCUGUCCGUAAAAAUUUAGAAAGUUAUAUUUAAUAUUGCGAAAAGUCCAACCAUAGAAUUACUAGCGAUUGUGAAUUACCUUAAUAAUGUUUGUUCUAUGCUUAUUAUAUUGUAAUCAUAAAUAUUCACAUAUCUAAGUGUGUUUGUUUGCAUGUGCGAAUUGUUAGCGAAAUUGUUGGAAAGAAUGGGUUUAGUACAAAAUAUUAAUCGAUAACUAACAUUAAGGACUAGCUUGGCUAGUGUAACUAUCUGGUUUUCUGGUUGAAUAUUCAUCUUUAUUCUGGUGUGAUAAGGUUCCCUUUUCUAUGUGUCUCUUGUAAAAAUUGGUGUGAGUAUUUUCAUUGUGAUAGCAAAAUAUUUUUUCUGUUUUUUUUUUCACUUUUUGUGGUGUUAAAUGCAUGAAACUAAUAUCAAAGUAUCAUGUAUGUUUAGUCGCAGUAGUGUAGAAGCAGAAUUCAUGUAUUAGCUACGGAAGAUAACGCCAAUUAUGUGAUAUUCUAUUCUAAACUCAUUUAUUCGAUCAUAUUAUUACGAUCAAAUGUGUAUCUUACAUAUCCAUAGUUAAUGUUAUUCAAGAUCUAUAGAAACGAGUACAAUUUAUAAUGUUAUACCUGUUCCUUUAUUCACCUUAUUUGACUGCUUCUAAUUCGAACUAUCCCUCAAAGUACUUGUUUGUUAAGUUUUCACAAAACACGUUGAAACAGGUUCAAAAUGCUUACUUUUAUCACUUUUUUUACGUUUCGCUUUCUUUUAAGGCCGCGUCGUCAGAAUUAUGAUUUUUUUUACUUUUGUCGAGUUACCUUCGAACGACUUUUAUUGAGCGCUCAAUAAA